CGUGAAGUGGAGACAGGCGAUGGUGAAGAUGGAACAGGAGAAAAAUAUCGUCGACGACGCUCGACGCAGCGAGAGCACGAUGCGAGAUCGGGAAACGCUUCAAGGAGAAGAGAAGAGUGGCAAGGACUCGAUAUCCCUGCAUCUAGAUGAAUCAGGCCAGAAAAGAGCUGUUGGAGACCAUGCAGGACAUCACAACACACACGAGUACUCCGCCAACGCCAGAGAGGAAGAAGUAGAAGCAAUAGUAGAAGAGGACGACACAGACGAAGAGAACGGAACCGCAAUAGCACCUGUCCACUCCAAUCGCAAGAGUCUGCGAUCUGUGAAGUCGCAUCAUUCUCACGCCGGCGCGGAUGGAUAUACGUAUUUCGCCUCCCAUGAGGAUGAGGAGGACCAUCGUCGUUCCUCGAGAAAAUCUGUAGGUGAAGGAGCAUCGGCUCAGAAUGACGAAGAUGACCCUUUCCUCGUCCGUUUCUCUGGCGAUUCGGACCCGAUGAACCCGCGCAGCUUGCCCAAGUGGAGACGAUGGUCAAUUGUACUCAUUUGUGCGGCGAGUUCGCUCUGCGUGACAUGUACCUCCUCCCUAUACACCUCGACAUACUCGCAGCUCAUCCCCGACUUCCACACCUCCCGCAUCGUCUGCACCCUCGGUUUAUCUCUAUUCGUCGCAGGCCUCGGAACAGGUCCCAUGAUUCUAAGUCCGCUGUCCGAGUUCUACGGAAGAAGACCAAUCUACAUCGUCUCAUUUGCCUUCUUCUUCAUCUUUAUGAUCCCCUGCGCAUUCGCCCAGAACAUUCAGACUAUGCUGGUCGUUCGAUUUCUGGACGGGUUAGCUGGCAGUGCGUUUUUGAGUGUUGCGGGUGGAACGGUGGGCGAUCUGUUUGCGAAACAUGAAUUGUCUGCACCAAUGAUGGUAUACACCGCGAGUCCAUUUAUUGGCCCUGAGAUAGGACCGUUGGUGGGUGGGUUCAUUAUGGAGAAUACAUCAUGGCGAUGGUGUUUCUACGUGCUCAUGAUAUGGUCUUUCGUUCAACUCACUCUGAUAACCCUCUUCGUCCCGGAAACCUACCAUCCAGUGCUCCUCCGCAACAAAGCCAUAUCCCUCCGCAAAGAAACCGGUGAACCUUCCUACAUAGCCACGAUCGAAAAGAUGAAUAAAUCAGUAGGAAAAACGAUCCUCUGGUCCUGCGUCCGCCCAUUCCAACUCCUCAUCUUCGAGCCAAUGUGUCUCAUGUUAUCCCUCCUCUCAGCCCUCCUUCUAGGAAUCCUCUACCUUUUCUUCGGCGCAUUCCCGCUCGUCUUCCAAACAAACCAUAAUUUCACGACUUCUGAGAUUGGACUGUCAUUCUUGGGGCUGUUGGUGGGAAUGUUGACUGGGAUUGCUUGUGAUCCGUUUUGGAGGGGCAGGUAUGAAGAGUUAGUUAGGAAGAAUGAGGAGAAGGGUGGGGGGAGUGAGCCUGAGUAUAGGCUGGUCACCACGAUUGUCGGGGCCUGGGUUGUUCCGGUGGGGCUUUUUGGUUUUGGAUGGACCACGUAUACACAUGUCCAUUGGAUAGUCCCGAUCAUCUUCAGCGCCGUCUUUGGAACUGGUGUGAUAUGGGUAUACUCUGGAGUAUUCACUUUCCUGGUCGAAGCCUACCCGUUAUACGCAGCAAGCGCCCUCGCAGCAAACAGCUUCGCGCGGUCCUACUUCGCAGCCGCAUUCCCGCUGUUUGGCGUGCAAAUGUAUAAUCAUCUAGGAUAUCAAUGGGCAACCUCGCUUCUAGCGUUUCUGGCGCUGGGUAUGGCCCCAUUCCCGAUUUUCUUCUUCCGGUUCGGAAAGAGGCUCAGGGGGAAUAGUCGGUUUGCUUCGACGUGAAGGAUGCU